CUUUUCUUCCCUAUGCUUGUCUGUCAGCCAAUUCUGCAGACCGCCAGUCGCUCUUUUUGCAAGUAGUUCAGGCUAAGCUUCCUUCAGCUCAUAACAGACAAGCAUAUAACGAGGUCCGGUGUCCGGGUUAUUGCGGAGUUUAAGCUGGGAUUCCCGAUACAGACCGCUACAACACACUGGUACCUAGACAACUAGUAGAAGGCCUCGGCAGUUGUUUGUUGCAGCACACCUGACGUUGUUCCUUUGCUACCUCUGGAGUACUGCCACUUCCAUGCUAUCUCUUGCGACACAACCGAAGCUGGAUUCACUCGCGCGGUCACGCAACAUCAAUGGAAGACGAGUUCGCUCGUGAAGUCCUGCGACUAGCCGAAGGCCAAACGGUUGAAGACUUUGAAAAAGACCUAACAAGCCAAGCACGAAGCCUGGACAUUAAUACCACUCUACCGGAAGACGCCCAAAAAAUCAAGAAUCCGAAUGCGACCUCGAGUCUCACAAGCUCGACACAUCCGCGCCGAUCUAUCUCGACUGGCUCUCAAGCUUCGCAUUCUACAGAUUUCACCGAUGCGUCUCGCAUAUCGAGAGACUGUCCGCAUGCAAGACCUCGACCGACUCGUGGGCGACGCAGCUCUGGCACAUCGGUGUCGAUCAAAGAUUACGACUCAAUAGUCAACCAUGCUAGAUUCGACUUCCGCCGCUCAUCGUUCAACUUCGCUACCUCCCCCAUCAUCUCACCAUCGCCCUCCACGUUCUCGCUAUCAUCUGUGUGGUCACGCUCGCGAGAGUCGUCACCAAAAAGGCACAUCAUCACUCGAGGCCUGAGCCGACUAAGACUAAGACGAAUCGACUCGGGGGACUCAACUCGGGAGAAAGACGAUUGCCCCCACUGUCCCCAAAGCGGGUCUCGACACCGCCGUACACUCCACACUUUGUCUUGUGGACACCGCUAUUGCGCUCUGGCUCUUCGGAAGAUGAUCAAAGACUCGCUGAACGAGGAGAGUAUUCCACCGACAUGCUGCAAGAGGCCGAUACCAGGUAGCUUGGUUGCGAGUGUAAUGAGCCAGGAUGAGCAGGAUGCCUUGAUGAACAUGCUGGUUGCCUGGGAUGACGAUGCGACUACGACACCACCGAUUCACGAAGCUGGAGUGACAUCGCAUCCGACGUCGUUCGUCAAAUCACGAUCUCAGUCGAGAUCACCAGCGUUAGGUGCUGAACGUCCGCUUCCGGACGAGACGGAAAAGAAUCUUGAAAAGGCCAUGGAAAUACCCAGCUUCAGAGACCUAAGACAACAACAGGAACGCCAAAGAGAUGAUCUAACAGCCUGGGCCAAGAGAAAGCGACAAGGCUUUAUUGACGGGUAUGCUGUACGCAAAUUACAGCUGCUCCCAUAUUUCGAUCGACAAAAGGACCAGCUUGUGGAGAAACAAACCGCCGCAAUUGCUCGCAUCGAAGACAAGCAUGUAAUUGACGAACACGAGAUGCGCGAAGAGCAUGAGGUGGAAACACGAAACAACGCGAUCGCUCUCAAACAUAUGGAGGCAUAUUGUCGAGGGGAAACUACAAGUGGAGAUCGCCACGAAAGGGCUGUUACAGACAGAGACUUGGCCGAGCUCACAAAAGCUAGGAGGGCACGCGACCAGAUGGACGCGAAACACGCUGGUGCUAUCAGUGUGCUUCGAGGCGAGCAAACCAGACGCAUCAGUCAACGAUUAGUCAAGCAAGAGGAGGAGUUAUCAGAGCUGGAAUCUCGCCAACUCAAGGAGCUUGAGAGCCUGCAGCGCGAAUGUGAUGAUAUGGUCCGUGAGUGGGAUGCAGAGACGCAAAAACGACGGGCGAAACUCGAAAGAUGGUGGAACCUACAAACAGAAAUUUGGCGAAAGGAACUCGACCGGGAAACUGGCGUUCAAUUUACUGGAGACUUACCUUCGAUCCGGUGGCCAUGUAUUGAUACCAACAAGAACAACAGAAGAAGAGACCCUACUAAGAGACAUACGAUUGCAGUAUCUCCAGCUCCUGGAUUGCAACCGGAUGCAAGCCGCGCACCUCGGAGCGUGAGCCCUGCGCGCAAGCCACACCGCUUCAGCACCGCUUUCACGAUCAGAGGUGGUAUGAUUAGUCAAGCAUGAAUUCACUGUAAAAAUUCUUCGCACACCACCCCAGUCUACCUACCUAAUGUUUAGAAUUGGAUAAAUUACAAGUUCAAGCUUUGGAGGAAUGACAACAUCAGUGCUUGGAGACAUAUUCUAUGCACAUUAUCUACAAUGACAGACACUGAGUCUUCUCUACUGCCUCCCA